AACUCCAUUUUAAUGCCCAUGAGAUGUUCAACGAGCAGGUGUCCACAUACUUGUGGGCAUGUAGUGUAUUUAAUCAUGGCUGCAGCUGAAUGAAUGUACGAGUGUUCAGAAACAUCUAACGAAAUUAAUUAGGCUACAAUAUGUUGAAAUAUUAAGAGGUAAAGAAAAUAACAUUAUCCGUGCACUGUUAUCCAUUAUGACGUUUGCAGAUAUUUUUCGAAUCAGCAAGAUUAGGACACCAGGAAAUAAAAUAUCACAUUACGAGAUUCGCUUAUGCAAACAGUCUGUUCUUUGCCCGCGUGGUCAGACAUAGGUCUGUCCCCACCGCGAGAGCAAAAAGAUGGCUAAUACUGUGGAUGAGGACGAGCAACAACCAUUCCCUGCUGAAUGUAAGAUCAUCAGAGUUACUGUGAAAACACCCAAGGAAAAAGAGGAAAUCGCCAUUCCAGAGAACAGCUCCAUCAAACAGUUUAAGGAGCAGAUAGCCCAGCGGUUCCAGGCACAAACAGAGCAGCUGGUACUCAUCUUCGCUGGGAAGAUCCUCAAAGAUGCAGAUCUGCUGAGUCAUCAAGGCAUCUACAACGGACUGACCGUCCACCUGGUCAUCAAGACCCAGAGCAGGCCUCCGGAGUUGUGUACCUCUCCUUCCAACAGCACUGCCUCAGAACAGGCCCAACCAGAAGGCCCUACCUCUGUCCCUGGACCCCCUCCUGUAGAACCUACCUCUGUCCCUCGACCCUCUCCUGCUUCUUCAGCCACCCCUACCUUCAGCCUUGGUCUAGGCAGUCAAGGGACAGCUGCUGCGGGGCCUGGUCUCGCUGAGCUGCAGAGGCAGCUGAUGUCCAACCCUGAGCUGCUGGCCCAGAUUAUGGACAGUCCCUUGGUCCAGGGCAUGCUGUCCAACCCAGACAUGAUGAGACAGCUCAUCAUGACCAACCCCCAGAUGCAGCUGCUGCUGCAGCACAACCCCAACAUCACCCACCUGUUCAACAACCCUGACGUCAUGAGACAGACCCUGGAGAUAGCACGGAACCCGACCAUGAUGCAGGAGAUGUUGCGCAACCAGGACAGGGCACUAAGCAACAAUGCCCUCCGCAGGAUGUCCACUGAUGCUCAGGGACCCAUGCUGAAUGCUGCUGCUCAGGAACCGAUUGCAGGAAACCCUUUUGCUUCUCUGACGACCUCGUCACCAGGGGAAAUCCAGUCCCCCCGGGUGGAAAAUGGAGACCCCCUCGCCAACCCCUGGGUUCCCCCUGCUUCCACAGACACCCCUAUAGGCACUGCCACACCCACCACUACCCCCACCCUGUCCAGCAACGGCCCUCAGACCAGCCUGCACAACCUAGGUCCCGCCAUGGGAGGUAGAACAUCUAACAGUGGGACAAACACACAUUUAUCCUCUCACACAGCUAUGUUCAAUAGUCCGGGAAUGCAGAGUCUUCUGCAGCAGAUCACGGAGAACCCCACACUGAUGCACAACAUGCUGUCAGCCCCCUACAUGAGGAGCCUACUCAACAGCCUGAGCCAGAACCCUGACCUAGCAGCACAGAUGAUGCUGAACAACCCACUGUUUUCUGGGAACCCUCAACUGCAGCAGCAAAUGAGACAACAACUCCCAAUGUUCCUCCAACAGAUGCAGAGCCCUGAGAUGCUGUCGGCCAUGUCCAACCCCAGGGCCAUGCAGGCACUGCUGCAGAUCCAACAGGGACUGCAGACCCUUGCCACUGAGGCACCUGGAUUCAUACCAGGGGUUGGACUGGGAGGCGCCGGCUCAGAUCUUAACCCUGCCCCUGGAUUUUCAUCAGACCCCGCCCCUAGUGACCUCAGCAGUGGGUCCCAGGUAGUCACGGAAACGGGUCAGCGGCAACAACAACAGUUUGUGCGUCAGAUGCUAGACGCUCUCGCUAGCACCAAUCAGCAGGCUCAGACUGAAGAGCUGCUGUUCCAGGAGCAGGUGGAGCAGCUGACGACCAUGGGUUUCCUCAACCCAGAGGCCAACCUGCAGGCCCUCAUCGCUACCGGGGGAGACGUCAACGCCGCUGUACAACGACUGCUGGACUCGCCAUCCUUGUAAUACACACACACUUCACAUGAGCACAUACAAUUAACAAAUUCAUGUGCGCACACUCACUUGUACAAUCAUGCAGUUGUACGAUCAGAUGCUUGCACAUUCUUCACUCACAGAGAACUAGUGAAACAUGCACUCCUGAAUGCCAUUUAUAUUGUAUAUGUAAGCUGCUGAACUGUGAAGUGCAGGCCUGUCUGUGCUGUAUGUUCUGAAUGGCCUUAGUUGGUUCAGGCUCUAAUCUGGAUCAUGCUGGCUUCUGCCACAUUCCUUUAUGCAGAGUCCCAUCCUACCUAAGAGUCCCAUCCAAGACUCUUAAGAGUGAAUAUGCUGCUAGUCUCGCAUCAAGAUGUACUUCCCUGCUGCUACCAAGGCCUUAAACUCAAAUCAGGAAAAUAACCCAAAGGUUCCCUACUGGUGACCCUUGAGAGCAUGUGUAUAGCAGUCUUAGUUGUGUGUGUGUGUGUGUAUGGGUGUGUGUAUAUAUAUGUGUAAUGUGAACAGACUGCAUUCAUAAUGCACUAAAUGCUAUGUGUUCUUUUUACCACUUCAUUGUGGUAUAGACUAGGGGAGGCCAGUUUUGCCACUUCAUUGUGGUAUAGACUAGUGGAGGCCAGUUUUGCCACUUCAUUGUGGUAUAGACUAGGGGAGGCCAGUUUUGCCACUUCAUUGUGGUAUAGACUAGGGGAGGCCAGUUUUGCCACUUCAUUGUGGUAUAGACUAGUGGAGGCCAGUUUUGCCACUUCAUUGUGGUAUAGACUAGGGGAGGCCAGUUUUGCCACUUCAUUGUAGUAUAGACUAGUGGAGGCCAGUUUUGCCACUUCAUUGUGGUAUAGACUAGGGGAGGCCAGUUUUGCCACUUCAUUGUGGUAUAGACUAGGGGAGGCCAGUUUUGCCACUUCAUUGUGGUAUAGACUAGGGGAGGCCAGUUUUGCCACUUCAUUGUGGUAUAGACUAGGGGAGGCCAGUUUUGCCACUGCAUUGUGGUAUAGACUAGGGGAGGCCAGUUUUGCCACUGCAUUGUGGUAUAGACUAGGGGAGGCCAGAGGGAGGUGCUCAUUUUGGAAGUGGGCUGCUCAAUUGACUGUUACAUGGAGCCGGCCUUUGCUGACAAGUUUCUUCAAUAGCAGCCCCUCGUAUCACGCUGCAGUAUCACGCUUGCACAGCCUUGGAUAUGAGUGCAAGCUUGUAGCACUGAUAUUGAUGUAGCAGUGAUGUCCAAUCAAUAAUAAGUGUGCCUGUGGCUUUAGAUUUAUUCCCAUUUGAUAAUACAAUGACUCACUAUGUAGCUCUAUUUACCUCUAUGUAGCUCUGUGCAUUUUAUUAACUCUUAUAAAAUGUACUUUUGACUUGUGUUAUUUCAUGGUUAUUAUAGGCUAUGUUGUUUUAUUGUCUAAUGUUCAAACCAUCAUAGUAUGUUCUUUAUGCUCCUACGGUUAGGCUUAUAUAUGGAGGAUGAAGUGUUUUUCUUUCUAAACCCCAUGUUUCAUAUUUUUCAUGUCUUUAAUGUAUUCAUUGUACAAUUUAAAUGUAUUAAUUGUACUGCACCACUGAAACUGGCUAGUGUAACAAAAACCAUGUGCUCUGUCCACCACUGGAGGGCACUGUUGACUCCUGCCUCCUUGAGAGAAAAUAUUCAAUUCAGGAGCCAUUGAAGUACUGUACAUGCAAAAAAACGGGAGCAGGAAUGGAAUCUUAAUAAUAUACCUGAAUGGAUAGAGUAUAAUCUUUUAGAGUGCUCAGCAAAGCAAUUACUGAAGUCACUUUCUUAGCACAUUGCCAGUAUGGUGAUGAUACCAACUGCCUUGGAAAAUUGUAGCCUUCAUCUUUUUGAUUUCAGCAUUUAAUUUGUAUUCAUUCUCCUGUGUGCUGGUUAAUAAAGUGAAAUGGAAAAAAACAA